AUGGUGAUGUUCAGAAACCCGCUACACGCUGGCCUGCCCCCUCCCACAUAUCAUCCGGAUUCUUCAGCUGUAACUCUUGUAAUGCAUCAUGGAGGUCAGUUUGAGAAUGUCCCUAAGGCAAGAUACAUAGGUGGUUCUGUGAAAGUUUUUGACUAUGUUGAAAGGGGUCAUAUGUUGAUGGCAAAUUUUGUUCACUGGGGAAAAGAGAAAAUUUGUGAUGGUAAGCUACGGUUUUACAUUAUGGUUGAUGAUGCUUUCAAGCUUGUUGUUGAUGGUUCUGAUUUUGUGGUUGGAUAUUUUGAUGGGAAAAGUGAAAGAGAAAUGCAUGUCUAUGUGCAAGUUCUUGAAAAAGAAAAGGAUAGGAUAUCAAUGGAGGAACAUAUUGAUGAUGUUUUAGAUUCUGUAGAAGAAUAUGAACAUGUUGAUGACAUUUCUGCAAAUGAUGUUGAGGAGAUUCCUCUAAAUGAUAAUGAACAUAUUGCUGAAAACAUUAGUAUUGAUCCUGUUGUUCAUGAGAACCCUGAUAGAAAUAAUGAAUCUGAGAUUGCUUGUGAUGGAGAUAGUGAAAGUGUUCAGAAGGCAAGAAGGCUACAAACAAACAUCAAAUGUGGCAAGUGUGGUGCAAUAGGGCACAAUGCAAAGACUUGUAAAAAAAGAGCUUCAACAAAUGUGGAAAGUGAGCCUGUUAGGAAGUUACAGAUAAGAAAGAACAAUAAGGGCAGGAGUGCAACUGAAACUGAAGUGGAGCCUAGCCAAAAUCCAUUACUUCCCCCUGAGUGGAUUCAAGCAGCCUCUGAAAUUGUUGUGGAGACCAAUGAAGUGCCCUAUUGCACACAGGAAUCUCAAGGUAAUGCAUGCCCACCUGCACAUAUGGAAGGACCUUCUAUGUUUGACCAGCUACAAGGAAGAAAACCAAGGGGUCCUCCAGUUGAGCCUAGAGUGGGGCAAAAGUACAAGCCUUUGUAUGAAAUAGCUUCUUCAUUGGAUGAAAACAGUCAUUUCAGGAGAUUGUGA